AUGGCGCCAAGUGAGGCAGAACUAAACGCGGGAAUUGUGGUCGGUAUUGGGGCCUUGAACCACAAUGAGGUCCGACCGAGACUGGACAUCGAUGUGAUGAUCGCGAGGCAGCCGGACGUGUUCAACCUCUUCCUUCUCGCAUUCAUGGAUCUGAAAGCCGAUACCUCCAAACUCGGCUACUUCUCUCUUGCAGGGAUCCAUGGACUUCCCACGUCGCUUUGGGACGGCGUGGGUAAGACAUUCCCCGAAGGUACGGGGGGAUACUGUGCACACGGUCGACUCGUCUUCCCAACAUGGCACAGACCGUACUUGGCUCUUCUUGAGCAAACCCUCUAUCGCAAAAUGAUGGCCAUCGUCAAGGAAUUCGACCGGGCUUUUCAGUCAAAAUACCUCGCCGCGGCGAGAGCGUUUCGGCUUCCAUACUGGGACUAUUUUCGGCCUCGCGACGUCGACGCAAAGUUCCCGGGCAUCAAGCUGGAAGGCAAUCGCACGAAGUACGAUUAUGACUUCCGCAUGCCCGACAUCCUCAACGUGAGGGAGGUCAUGGUCCGAGUGCCUCCUUACGACAAGUUGAUAGUUCAGGAGAAUCCGCUGUACAACUUCAAGUUCACCGACAAGCAGAAUCUGGACAAGGAUUUGGCCAGGGCUAGAUUGAGGAAUUACAACCCUAACCGAACCGUCCGAUACCCCAGAGACAAGGACUCCAAGUACCACGACGUGCAGCAACUGAGCGACGCUCUCAACAGCGGCCGCGAGGGCAGAGCCUCGAUGAUGCUCGACAUUCUGAAUCCCAGUUCCACACGAUACCCGCGCCUCGGCGAUGUGGCCUCGGACUCGGUCCUGCGUGAAGGAGACAUGACACAGACGGGGCUUUCGGGGCAGACGUCUGGGAUAUUGCCCAGAGACGGGAACGGGAGGCCUGCGAGCUUCGGCUCGAUUGAAGCUCUACACGGCAACUAUCACACCCUGGUCGGCGGUGCCAACGGCCACAUGUCGAGUCCGUCAAUCGCGGCCUUUGAUCCGGUCUUCUGGCUCCAUCACUGCAACGUCGACCGAAUCUUUGCCAUCUGGCAGGCUCUCCAUCCAAAAGCCUGGUUCCCCCCGGCCGGCAGGGAAGCACGAUCAGGCAGGCGUCUGAAGCCCGAGAACGAAAAGGACUUGCUGCCGUUCUACAAGUACAUCUGCGAGCUGGGGCCCAUCUACUACGACUCGGACUGGUCCCGAGAUAUAGAGAGCUUUGGCUACACGUAUCCCGACCUGGACCGCCUCAGCGACCCAAGAGUCAUCUGGAGCAGAGUUUACCACAGGUAUAUCUGGAGCAUUCGCAGUGCGUCGAGCCGCCGGUUUUCAACGCCCCCCUCGGACAUGAUGCCACUCAACCUCAACAAGGCCCAGGUUUUUCGGUAUCCCGACGUCAAUGGAAGAACUGCAACCGCCGCUGAGUCCACCCCUCAUUCUGUGACGACACGAAUCGUUUUCAAGCGGGUCACGUCGUCUGGGCCUCCAGAGACUCUAACGACAGAGCAACUCGCCGCACAGGAUAGAGGGUAUAUGCCGGCUCCUGACAAUGACAUCGAUCCAUACUUCGACCGCGAGUGGUACAUUGACAAUGUGGUAAAAAGAAACGCUCUGAACGGUCCCUUUACAAUCUACUUCUUCCUCUGCCCCAAGUCGAGAUUUCCCGACGACCCAGCCGACUACGCUGCCAGUCCUUACCUUGCCGGUCUCAACCAUAUCUUCGCCGCACCACGCGAAGUCUGCGACAACUGUGGCCAACAAGACGCAGCUGGGGUUUUGGCGUCCGACACCGUCCCGAUCACGCCGCUGCUUCUCGAUUACAUGGGAAAUGGGACGCUGGAGAGCAUGCGGGCCGAGCAUGUUCGGCCCUUCUUGGUCAAAUACUUGCGCUGGAGAGUUGUAUACGCCGGAAUAACCAGGGCGGACCCAAGGGAUCUGCCAAACUUUGAGCUCUCGGUCAGUGCGAAGAUUGUUUAUGAUGACGGAUCCGCGACAUACGAGGCGUAUCCUGAUGUUGUCGACGACAUCAUCUACAAUGCCUCGUGA